UGUAAUCUCAAUAUGAGUACAGAAAGGUUCUUAGUGCUGUUCCUGGUUUUGUGCGCUGUUAGUGCAGAAUUUGGACAUGUGAAGACUUUUAGAUUUGUUCCGCUGAAUUUAAUAAACAUAACAGAAUUCUACUCCGAACUUACUCUGAUCACCCUCGUUCUUCUACAACGAUAUUUCGUUCAGACACCCUUCGUUGAAAUCUCUGGGGCUGGCCUGCUGGAUGAGAGGCUGAAGAGUAAUAUUGCCAUUUAUGUAACACUUUGGGAGGAAUUUAUGACUGUGCUGUUUGGGACUUUGGAGGUGAAGAAGGUAGCACCAGCAGUUUGGCUGGCAGGAAGUUUCAACUUUAUAAGGAUGCAAAUUAGAUUUUUGUUCGGUGAAUUUGAUUAUGGAAAUUGGCAUUUGGAUGUGGUGUAUUGGACAAAGAUAGUAAGUGUACAUAGUGCUAUCUUUGAUGCAAAGGGGUACCAAUAUUUUAUAAGAAACAGGCCAUGAAUCAGAGAUAGAGUAGGACAGUAUUUCUUGCCAUUGUAUCAUGGGAAAGAUACAUCAAACUGCUCUGAGAUUGACCCAAUUAUUAUCAGUAAGUCUGAAAGACCAAUUGAUCCAGAACUGAGCUAUGGCUCUUUGGUUUUGAAGAUACUACUGCUUUGAAGCAUUCUAGGAGCAAUUUUAAUUGUAAGAAAGUUGAUCUUAAAGGAAUGGAAGACUUAUAAGAGCCUCAGGUUUUCUAAACCUGAGAGAUCUGUUGAAAUUAUGGAUAAAAGUUCUUGGAAAUCUGAGAGCUCGAGGGCAGAAAAAUCAACUUACUCAGAUAAACUUAAUCUCCAAGGAACAUUUAAUAGAGUUUAAAUUGGAUCUGCAGUGUCUGACUUAUCACACCGACACUCAAUGAGAUCAUAUCUAUCUUA